CUCAGAGCUUCUUUAUCAAUGGCGACCAUUGGUUUCCAUCGCUUAACAACUCGGCUAUGGCCGCCUCCUCUUAGGUCUCCUCUCUCUCGACUUCAUUGCGCUUGCUCCUUCUCAUUUUCAGAGGAGGCUUCGUCAGUUUCUGCAAAAGAAGCUGCUUCUUCCUCUUCUCCAUCUUUUUUCCCUAAAAGAGGCCAGCAAUUGGAGCUUGUUUGUGAAACCCUAGCUUUUAAGGGGAUAGGGGUGUGCAAGGUAUUGGAAACUGGUUUUGUGGUGAUGUGUAAUGGUGCUCUUCCUGGUGAGAGGUUCAUUGGGCGUGUCUCUCGAAAGAAGGGAAACUAUGCUGAGGUCAAAAAAGUGCAGACUGUCUCUCCUCAUUGGGACAUUGUAGAUGCCCCAUGUGAAUACGCUGAGAUUUGUGGAGGAUGCAAGACACAAAACCUCUUAUAUGAUGCACAGGUUAGAGCUAAAGAGCAACAAGUCCAUGAGUUGAUGAUUCAUGUGGGAAGGUUUCCUAUUAGAGUGCCAGAAUUUGCAAAUGUCGUAAAACCCAUUGUUCCAUGUGAUAUUCAGUUUCAUUACAGGAAUAAGCAUUCCAGUUCGUUACUAAUGCCUGUGCUGUGCCAAUGUCUGAUGGAAUUCUCAUUUGGAACAAAGAAAUGGCUCCCUCGAGCCCUUUUUCAUGAGGAAGACAAUUGCAAUGGUAAUGGCUAUGCAUUGGGACUGCAUGCUCCAGGCUUUUUUGAUAAGGUUCUUCAUAUUGAGAAAUGCUUAUUGCAAAGUGAAGCUGCCAAUAAGGUUCUUGCAACAAUUCAGGAAUCUUGGCGAGAUCCUCUUCUAGGGCUUACACCCUAUGAUGUCCAUACACAUAAAGGGUUUCUUAAACAUCUCAUGAUAAGAUUAGGCAGGGAUGUCAAGACUGGAUUGCCAGAGCUUAUGGUGAAUUUUGUGACCUCAUCCUACAAUCCGGAUUUAUUGCGACCUCUUAUCCAGAAGUUAACAACUAUUCCUGAAAUGGCAUGCAUCAUUAACAAUGUAAAUACUUCUGUUGGUAACACAUCUGUUGGGGAGGAAGAGCAUAUUUUAUAUGGUAAAUCCACAAUUACUGAGGUUCUUAGAGGGCUUACCUUUCAAAUAUCAGCCAACUCUUUCUUCCAGACUAACACUCACCAGGCUGAGGUUCUGUAUAAGCUGAUCGAAGAAUGUGCUGGUCUUAGGGGUGAUGGUUCAGAAAAUGUCCUCGAUCUCUUCUGUGGAACUGGCACAAUUGGUCUCACACUUGCCAAGAAGGUGAAACAUGUUUAUGGUUAUGAGGUUGUGGCUCAAGCUGUUGCAGAUGCUCGCCAGAAUGCAAAAAUAAACAACAUCUGCAAUGCUGCUUUUAUCCAAGGAGAUCUAAACAAGAUCAAUGAUAAUUUUGGGAAAGACUUUCCUUCUCCUGAUAUUAUUAUUUUAGAUCCUAAUCGUCCUGGUUUGCACAUGAAGUUGAUAAAAUUUCUUUUGUGGAUACGAGCCGCACGCAUUAUCUAUGUAUCAUGUAAUCCUGCCACAUGUGCACGUGACAUUGACUAUCUCUGCCAUGGCAUGGUUGAGCAUGGCAUCAAAGGGUGCUACCAGCUGAAAAGUUUGCAGCCAGUAGAUAUGUUCCCACAUACCCCCCACAUUGAGUGUGUAUGCCUGCUUGAGCUUCGAUGAAUAAAUAUAGUUUUGGCAGACAGCAGGUUGCAGGGUGGUUCAAUUUUGGUUCUUCUCAUUGGGCAUGAGGUGAAUGUAAUCCCAAUAUAUAUAAGAGAAACAGUAAAAGAAUUUGAGGCUAUCAGCGAAUGUAUCGGCGAAUUGCUGGUGCGGUUUGUAUAAGGCUGAGGCCCUAAACAAUCAAAGUAAGGCACACCUUCAAAUAGUGUUUGAAGAUGUUUCAGUACAGAAAUUUUUUGUAAUGGUCUUAAAAUUUAUUUUCAUCUCUAAUAAUAAAUUUAAAGUGUCAAAAGUAGUGUAGAUCGAGUAGAUUUGUAGCACUCGAAAACUCUUGAAAAUUAACUGUCUAAACAAUACAUUACAUGAUGCAUUAUUUCCCAAACUUAAAAUCCAUUUUUUCCUACGUCCAUAUAUCUUGAGGUUUAUAUGGUCAAUUUGAGGAUUUUUGGGCAU